CAGUUAUAAAACGUAAAAUUUGGACUGUUCAUUGAUACGUUCGAGUCAAAACAUUGCUUAAGAGAAAUGAAGUAAAAAGAGAAAUGGAGGCGUUAAAAGCUUUCAUUUGUAUUCUGGGGUUAACAACAGAUUGUAUGUCUGUUAAGUAUGUUUCUAAUAUAACGAAAUAUCAACUAGAGGAUGAUGACAUUGAUAAGAAUAUUACCAACAUAGACAAUACAAUCGACGUUGUUAACAUUGGAACCAAUAAUUCUGAAGUAAUAGAAUUUGAAGAUAAAACAAAAGAGGUUAUAAUUGCAAGUGAUAAUAAAUGCGCAAAUAUCGAUCAUGCAGAUUUAAAUGAACCUGCAUUCGAAACACAUAAUUUGAAUUCUAUUUAUCUUAACAAUAUACAUUCAAGUGUUACUGGCAAUCUGAUAGAAGAUAAUGUAUCUAUAGAAAGUAUUGAAGCAGACGGUGUUAAUCUGUUCGAUAUUGUACGUGAUGAUUGUGGAGGUGCAAAAAUGUGCUCCAACAUAGACAGUAAUUGGACAAGUGAAAAUACAAUAACUAUUGGAUUUCUAGGAGCAUAUGGAUAUAGUCUGACGGUGCUGGGAGCUCUGCCACUUGCGGUGGCGGGCGUGAACCGAGAGCCGAGCCUGCUGCCUGGCCGCCGCCUGCGCUUCGUUGCUGCUAACAUCGGCCGCCCGAGACCGCCCCUGUCGCUGGACAGGGACUCGCUGUCGCUCAGGGUGAUGACGCAAAUGCGUGAUCUCGGAGUCGUCGCGUUCUUCGGUCUCGACGGCACGUGUCUCACUGAGGCAAAGCUAGCAGCUGCAUGGAACCUGCCUCUCAUAUCUCAUAAAUGUCCCGGUGCGCAUGGUUCGCGCGAGGCGGGCGGGCUGGGCGUGACUUUCGCCCGCACGCUGCCGCCCGCGCACAAGGUCAGCAAAUCCGUGGUAGCUUUGCUCAAAGCCUUCGGAUGGAACAAGUUCGCGAUAGUCGCCGGCGACGAGAGCACCGCCGCUGGACAGCAGAUGGACGCUAUAAAAGAAUUAUCACAGAGUAACGGUCUCGUGAUAACAGCUGAGCAUAGAUUCACAGACUACCUACCGCACAAGUCGGAGCACAUACAGAGAAUUGUUGACAACACAUAUUUUAAGACACGAAUCUACGUGUUCCUCGGCGAGCACGUGGCGCUGGUGGAGUUUGUAAACGCGCUCAGAAGACGAGUCCCGCUGGACGCUGGAGAGUACGCCGUCAUCGCAGUUGAUGAUGAGAUAUAUGAUCCAAAUGCAACAGCUAUCACUCAUGCAGAUCACCUCAUCCAGAACAGCAGUAGCGACAUCCUGGCGUUCAGAGCAGUUCUCAAACUGACACCUUCGUUUCCUAUAAAUCCUCAGUACCCGAAGCUGUGUCAAAUGAUACGAGAGUUGUCCGCCAGGUCGCCGUUCUGUGUGCCCAAUUAUCACAAGAUAUUUGAAGAUACAUCUGUGCCGAUAGAAGCUGCUCAUUUAUACGACGCGGUAACAUUGUGGGCGCGCGCUGCGACUGCAACCAUGAGAAAUGGUGUACCGCCGACAGAUGGCGCUACCCUAAUGAAACUUCUCAGACCAACAACAUACAGAUCUUUACAAGGAUUCGACGUAAACAUGGACAGCGCUGGUGAUGCAGAAGGUAACUUCUCAGUGAUAGGGCUGGUGGAGGACGCGAGCGCGGCGACCGGAUGGAGCGCACAACCUGUAGCCGCAUUUAGAUAUGUCAACUCCUCAGAUCCCUUACCUGAAUUAGUUGGCGGCGAUUGUAUCGCGUGGAUAAACGGCAAACCACCUAUAGCUGAGCCGGUGUGCGGCUUCGACGGCAACAAGUGCUCCUUGCCUCAUGAUCCCCUGGUACUCUCAGCGGUGGCGGCCGUCGCCGUCGCCGCGCUCCUCGCUGCCGCGCUACUCCUACGACACUAUAGAUAUGAACAGAAAUUAGCCUCAGUUCUCUGGAAGAUAGAAGCUAAAGAUUUGACUUUUAUAUCGGCGUGCAGUGAUGCCAAGGUUUCGAUCCCACAAGAGGUAGACACGCGACGUGCGCAUACAACGAUCGCUUUGUAUAGAGGGAAUAUAGUUGCUGUUAAAAGAUUAAAGAAGAAAAGCAUCGAUGUAACUCGUGUAGUGAAAAAAGAACUAAAACAGAUCCGAGAGCUCCGUCAUGAGAAUCUAACCGCUUUCGUUGGCGUGUGCGUGGAGAGCGGCUCCGCGUGUAUCGUGUCCGCGUACUGCUCGCGGGGCUCGCUCGCGCGCGUGCUCGCCGACAGAGACCUCCUGCUCGACGACAUGUUCGUCGCCAAACUUGUCGCGGACCUACUGCGAGGUCUCACAUAUCUACACGACUCCGCGCUCGUGUCCCACGGCAACUUAACAUCUAGUAACUGUUUAGUCGACAGCCAUUGGGUACUACAGAUAUGUGAUUAUGGAUUGCACACUUUGAAAAAUGGAUGUAUGGAGACCGAAGACGCAUUACGAAUGGAGAAGCGUAUGUUGUGGCGAGCGCCCGAACUCCUGCGCGACCCCUCCCCGCCGCCCUGGGGCUCGCAGAAAGGAGAUGUCUACUCCUUUGGAAUCAUACUCUAUGAAAUACUUGGCAGAAACGGCCCGUGGGGUGAUACCAGUUUAACAAACGCAGAGAUAAUAGGUCGAGUACGUCACCCUAUCGGCGGCGUGCUGUUCCGCCCACCGCUGGGGGCGCUGGCGGCGCGGCCGUCAGUGCUCGCAGUGCUCAACGCCUGCUGGAGCGAACGACCCGACCGUAGGCCUGAGCUACGCCUCGUCUGGCUACGACUUAAGGACAUGCACGCCGGCAUGAAAACCAAUACAUUCGACAACAUGCUGGCCAUGAUGGAGAAAUAUGCCUCCAACUUAGAAGCGCUCGUAGAGGAGAAGACUGAUCAACUGACGCACGAGAAGCGAAGAACUGACGAACUCCUCAAUAGAAUACUACCUCGGACCGUAGCGGAGGCUCUGAAGCGCGGGGAGCCGGUCCAGGCGGAGAGCUACGACAGCGUUACAGUCUACUUCAGCGAUAUUGUAGACUUCGCACACAUUGUUAAUACGAGCAGUCCAAUGCAGGUGGUGGACAUAUUGAAUGACUUGUAUUCAUACUGCGACGCCAUUAUUUCCUAUUACAACGUUUAUAAGAUAGAGCCGUUGUGUGACACCUACAUGGUGGUGGGCGGGCUGCCGGAGCGCAGCUCGAAGCACGCGGCGGAGGUCGCCUCACUCGCGCUGCACCUGCUCUCCGCCGUGCCGCAGAUACGCGUCAGGCACGACCCGGAAUUAAUACUCAAUAUAAGGAUUGGUAUCCACACGGGGCCGUGCUCCGCCGGCGUGGUGGGGUACCGCACGCCGCGCUACUGCGUGUUCGGGGAGACGGUGCGCGCGGCGAGCCGCGUGCAGGCGCUCGGCGAGCCGCGCCGCGUCCUCGUCAGCCAUGACACCUACGUCACGCUGCGCAAACAUGGCGGAUACCACUUCAUGGAGAGAACUGUCACCAAUGUCAAAGGCCCUCGACAAAUGAAGACCUGGUGGUUGGUUGGUGAGGAUCACGAAAGGAGAAAGGAGCCAUUCUAUCGAUUUCAGCCGGGCUUAAACCGCAGUUCGUGUAGCAGCUACACUGAGAGUUGGGGUCUGGAACGUUCUAUACUGAACAUUAGGGACAGGGCCCGGCUGUCGUGCGGCGGGUCCUUAGGGCCAGGGUCCGCGCUCAGUUCCCCAGGGCCUCCCGCGUGCGCCUGCUUCGCGCCCCAGAGGGACCAUCACUCGGCGCCCGUCGUCUCAUUCUGUGAGGAAUGACCUUAAUAUAAUAAAUGGAGGAAUGUAUCCGUUACUACAGCAGUCAUUCAUGAAUGACUCUGAACCAUUCAAACAAAAACUAUUACUAUCCAGUGAUAAAAUAAUAAUAAAAACUCAGUGAAUAAUUAACCUGUCUACUAUAGUAUUGUAGUGAUGUACCGAUUUGUUAAUUCAUAUUUGUGCACUAAAGAGUGCUUUAUGUAAAUUUUAUAAAUGUGUAUCUUUUAAUUUCAAAUUGGGGAAGCUUUAAAAUGUAUACUUAUGUAAGUACUCUAAAUAGAAUAAUUAUGACCAAUGUUGCUUCUCAGUGUGUGUAGAAUUGUAAAUCUAGUCAUUUUAUUUCUGGUGAGGUUUAAAAAUUAAAGAGCAGGUCAAUGGAAAUUGUGAGGGUUCACACACAAUUAUUAACGUCCAUAUUUUGAUUAUUAAUAUUUCUUAGAUCUUGAUAAGAAUCUGUACCUAUUAAUAAUUAAAACCACAGUGGCAUAAACUGCUAAAUUAGUAAGCUUAUACGUGUUUGCUUUGAAAUGUACUUAGUGAAAUAAAUUAUUUGCUUAUCACUUAUUAUUUGUCUAGGACCUGUCCCACCAAUGGCUAAUCGUCACUGUCAGAUAGAGUACCAAAAUCUCAUAUUUCCGUAUUAUACGUUGGAUUUAUCUGACAAUUUACAAGAAUUGUGGGACAGGCCCUAAAUAUAGUUAAUAGUUUAUAAGUUACAUUAACUAGAUUGUAAUCACAUACUUGUCCAAAAUAAUCAUAAUGAAUAUCUCAAUUUUAAUGUAAUAGUAUACCAAAAACAUUGACAUGCCAUUUGAUAUUACAAUAAGAUAUAUUUACAAAUAAGGUAAUUGACACGUUUCUCUUAUAAACAAAAUAAUAAAUAAGGAAAACAAGUAAAUUAUCCUUAAAAGAUAAUCAUUAUUUGCUCAAAUUAGGACUGAAAUAUAAUAUGUCCAACGAAAAUAUAUCCCUCUUGUAGUCAACUAAGAAUAAGUAAAAACUCGAAAAGUCUUGUUAUCCGAUGACUUGAGAUAUACGUAUAUGUCAGUUGUCGAUUUAUUCGUUACAUCACUAAUUACAUCCCCUCUGACAGCUGUCAGACAGAUAUUACGUCAUAUCGUUGUUGAAAGGUGAAAUUAAUUACCUGUUGUUGUUUAUAACUAAGCUUAUUGUGUUUUUGUAGAUAAACAAAAAUGUUUAAAAACGUUCUACAUAUUAUUAUUGUUGCUUUUAUUGUGUAAACAUUUGUGCAUUCAUUAUACGUCUCUGAGAGGCUCAGAGCCUACUCUGAGUUAGCAUUAACUAGACUAUAGUAAUCAUGAAUUUAACCAUGUUUUUCACAAAUAUGUGUAAGCGUCGGUGACUCAGUGGUUUGAACACUUGACUUGUAAUUUACAGGUCUUGGGUUCGAAUCCCGCCGUACCAAUAUGAUUUU